UCUUCUCAUCUUGUUAGUUCUUCUCUCUCUCAUCUCUCUCUCUCUUCUCUUUCUUCCAUAAAAUUCCGUCGAACAUACCAAAAAGAGCUGCUAAAGCUGUAACCUUAUAAUGAAGGAGCUGAAGAUUUGACGAAAGCGCCAGAGAAAUCAAGAAAAAUCUCUGACGAUUGGUUUCUGCGACAACAAGGCCAUCAAAGGAGAUGGUGACAAACUCUUAGAACUCAGAUUGAUAUCACAUGAGAUCUGAUGCAACGUUGAACACAUGCUGGUAGGUUGGAUCUUCGAAGGACCAGAUCCAACGCCUAGCCAUUUGAUAUCAGAGAAUUCACGGAGGAUAACAAUAUGAUUGACAAAAGAAGGUCUAAAAACGUUCAGGAUGACAUUGGUGAACUCCUGAAGGACAACAAUGUUACUACACAAAGAAGUCUGAAGACGUUCAUAUUGACAUUGGUGAACUCCCAGAAGACAAAAAUGUUACUACACAUUGAUGUUCCGAAGACGUUCAGCCUAACAUUGGUGAACUCUCGGAGGACAACAACGAUACAGAGAAGACUUGAAAUUGAUGAAUCCUCCGAGGACAACCAUAUUACUGACCUGGAGAACUCCACCAACUUCAGUCUCUUUUAUAUCUAGAUGUGUAUAAACAAUGAUAAUUAAAAAAGAAACAGUCACAUCAUCACUAUUUUUCUCAGUCUCAAAUUGAUUGCCCAAAAGUUAAUGGUUUUUUA